AUGGUUACACGCAAACGAUCAAGUAUGGCGCCGGCCCAAACAGCGUUGUCAUCCAAUCCGGGCCUGCACGUGCUGACACUGGGACGACCCUCUUGUGGCUUGGGUCUAACGAGUUUGCAGCGCCUCUUCCAAAUCACAGCAGCACAGUACCAGAUUCUUCAGAGUUUGUUCUUCACUAUCAACGGUGUGACAUAUGAGUUCCCGCCGAGCGCUCAGAUAUGGCCGCCGACACUAAACACUGCUAUUGGUGGCCGUCCCGACAUGAUUUAUCUCGCGGUUUCGAACAUGCCCACGCCGGGAGGAUGCAUUGCCGGCCAAGUAUUUCUGGAGCGAUUUUACUCUGCAUGGGACAAUACUAACCGACGGGUCGGAUUCGCUAAUACACCGUGGACAUUGUCGUGA